AUGGUGAAGGGUCCUGGUCUCUACACUGACAUCGGCAAGAAAGCCAGAGAUCUGUUGUACAAGGAUUAUCACAGUGACAAGAAGUUCACUAUCAGCACUUACUCACCUACUGGAGUUGCUAUAACAUCCUCAGGAACAAAGAAAGGUGAACUGUUUUUGGCUGAUGUUAAUACCCAGUUGAAGAACAAAAACAUCACUACUGACAUCAAAGUAGACACAAAUUCUAACCUUUUUACAACUAUCACUGUCAACGAACCUGCUCCUGGUGUGAAGGCUAUUUUAAGCUUCAAAGUUCCCGAGCAAACAUCUGGAAAGGUGGAACUACAAUACUUGCACGAAUAUGCUGGAAUAAGCAGCAGUGUUGGGUUGAAAGCAAACCCAAUUGUCAACUUUUCUAGUGUUAUUGGAACUAAUGCUCUUGCUUUUGGUGCUGAUCUUUCUUUUGAUACCAAACUUGGGGAGCUUACAAAAUCUAAUGCUGCUGUGAACUUUGUCAAAGAUGACUUGAUUGGGUCAUUGACUCUAAAUGAAAAAGGUGACGUGCUCUCUGCUUCAUACUAUCAUGCUAUUAACCCAUUGUCCAACACUGCUGUUGGUGUUGACAUCAGUCAUAGAUUCUCAACUAAAGAGAACACCUUCACACUUGGCACCCAACACGCAUUGGAUCCAUUGACCACAGUGAAGGGUCGCGUCACAAACUCAGGCAAGGCGAGUGCUCUUAUUCAGCAUGAAUGGCGUCCAAAAUCACUCGUCACCAUUUCAAGUGAGGUAGACACCAAGGCCAUUGAAAAGAGUGCUAAGAUUGGAUUGAGCUUGGCUCUCAAACCUUGA